GACGUCAUCGCCGGUGAACCCGUGCCCUCUGACCUCGCGGCCGCCGGUGACGCGGUGACGGCGACGGUCGGUCGGGGAGUCGGGGCGGCGGCAGAAUGAGCUGGAUACCUUUCAAGAUUGGUCAGCCCAAGAAACAGAUCGUGCCAAAGACUGUAGAGAGAGAUUUUGAACGAGAAUAUGGCAAACUCCAGCAGCUAGAAGACCAGAUUAAGAAGCUUCACAAAGAUAUGAAGAAGAGUACCGAGGCAGAUGUGGCAAUGUCAAAAUCUGCAGUGAAAAUUUCAUCAGAUCUGUUGGCCAACCCUUUGUGUGAUCAAGAUCAAACGUUCAUGGAGACGGUGACUGCUCUGGACACUGCAAUGCGCAGAAUGGACGCCUUCAAUCAGGAGAAGGUCAAUCAGAUUCAGAAAACAACCAUUGAACCCUUGAAAAAGUUCAGUAAUGUUUUUCCAAGUCUCAACAUGGCAGUAAAAAGACGAGAACAGACCUUGCAGGAUUACAAAAGGUUGCAAUCCAAAGUGGAAAAGUAUGAAGAGAAAGAGAAAUCUGGUACUGUGCUUGUGAAGCUUCACCAAGCAAGAGAGGAGCUAAGGCCAGUCCGUGAAGAUUUUGAAGCCAAGAAUAAACAGCUUCUUGAGGAGAUGCCAAAGUUUUACAACAGUCGCAUUGACUACUUUCAACCAAGCUUUGAAGCUCUGAUUCGUGCACAGGUUGUAUACUACACAGAAAUGUCCAAGAUAUUUGGAGACCUCACUGGCCAGAUUGACCAGCAGGGUAUCAGUGAUGAAGAGCGGCAGAAGGAGAAUGAAGCAAAGCUCAAUGAGCUGCGGGCUCUGUCCAUAGUGGCAGAUGACUGAAGUGGAAAGUUAUCCAUGAACUGUGUACUGAUUUGAUACUUCACUCUCUGGUGUUUAGAAUAAUCCAAUCAAUGUGUAAGUGGGGAAUCAUUUGAGAAACUUGGGAAAGUGUGGAACAUCUUUGGUCAAUGAUCUCGAAAUCCUCCAUUUUUAUCCUGUUUCCCCUGGCUUCGUGUCUCUAAGCCAAAGAAUGGUGAGUAAUCUCUCUGGCUUUUAUUAGUCCUCGGUUUGACAGUACAGUGAAGAGUUCGUACUUGCUCCCUCCUUGUUAAGAAGUGCCUGGGCUCCAGUCCCUGCCCGUCCUGGAAAACUUGUUUUGGUUUUGGAGGGAGUGGAUCAACCUUUCCAUCCCUUGGAGAGUUGGAAGGAAUGAUCUGUUCGAACUCUGGGGAAAAGUUACAAUGAAUUCAAUGAAUUGUUUGUGCCCAACUUGUUAGAGACUUGGUCCAGUCUGGGAGUUGGGGAGCUUCUUAAUAUAAAGGUGAGCUAUUUCAGUGUGUUGUAUCCCACUCUUGAACAGGGAAUCUGGGCAGUUUAACACAGAUGAGAAUAUUGUAUUUCAUUUGAAAAAACUAAUUGAUAUACAACCCAGAGUUUAAAAGUACGAUAAACAGUAGGUCACAGAGACCCUCAGACCUGAUCCAUCGUUCAGUAAGAUCAUUACUGCUCUGAUCUUUGGUCUUAACUCCAUUUUUCUUGCCUGUCUCCAGAAGUCUGGAUUCCAACUUAAUUCAAAACUCUAUGUAUCUCAGCCUUUAACUGCAACACUCUGAUGUUCCAGAAAUUCACAACCCUCUGAAGGGAGAAAUUCUUCCUCAUCACAGUCCAAGAUAGUGACGACAUGUCCUGAGAUUCUGGCCAGGUUGUAGACUUCUACAUCAGAUGUCCUUACAGCAUCCACUAAAACGUAGUGUUUCAAUGAGAUCACUGUUCGUUUAGCUGACUUGCAGGCAACCUGGGUUCAGUCUGCUCAAGCUUAAGGUACUGGAUGACCUCCUCAUCCCAUCAAUCUGCAAACUUCCACAGCAUUGCCUCAAAGUCAACAAUAUCCCUCCUUUAAUAAGAAGACCACAGCUGUGUGUAGUCACUGGGUGUGGUCUCUACCAAAACCCUGUGUAGUUAUAGCAAGACUUCCCUACUUGAAUUUCCCCUGCAAGAAGGGCCCAUCAUUCUGUUUUCCUUCCUCAUUACCUGCAUGUUUACAUGGUAACUUGGUGUUCCUAGAAUGAAGCUGAGAAAACCGAUCUGAACACAAAUACUUAAUGUCUCGCACUACUUCAAUAAUGCUCUACUUUUUUAGUCUUCCUACCAAAAUUGAAAUUUAAUACUCCAUUUGCCAUGUUCUUGCUCUUUCCUUUAAUCAGUCCAUAUUCCUUUGCAUAGUCAUAGAGUCAUACAACACAGAAACAUGUCCAUUCCAACUAUCUAUGCUAAUUCCAUUUACCAGCACUUGGUCCAUAGCCUUCUGUGCAUUGGCAAUUCGAGUGCUCAUCUAGAUAAAUGUUGUGAGAGUCUCUGCUUCCACCACCCCCUCAGGCAGUGCGUUCCAGAUUCUUAUUCCCCCCCCCCCAGGGGAAGAAGUUCUUCCUCAGACCCCAUCUCAACCUCUUACCAUUUAUCCUAAAUGUAUGACCUCUCAUUUUAGAUUCCUCUGCCAUGGGGAAAAGUUUCCUGCUAUUUACCCUAUCUAUCUCUUUCAUAUUUUUGUAUACCUCAGUCAGGGCUCCCCUCAGCCUCCUCCGCUCCAAGGAAAACAAACAUAGCCUAUCCAUUUUUCUUUGUAACUAAGACAUUCCCUCCCAGGCAACAUCCUGGUGAAUCUCCUCUGCACCCUUUCCAGUGUAGUCACAUACUUCUUGCGUUGUGGCAAUCAGAAUUGUACACAAUACUCCAGUUGUGGCCUAAUCAAUAUACCAUAACCUUUCUGCUCUUAUAUUUUAUGCCCCUGCUUAUGAAGGCAAGUACCCUGUACCUCAUGUGACUUUACACCAUCUCAUCUACCAGUGCUGCUACCUUCAGGGAGCCUUGACUUGUACACUGAGAUCCCUCUGUUCCUCAAUACUAAGGCACUACUGAUCUUUGUGUAUGCCAUACACUUAGUCUUCCCAAACUGCAUCACCUCACUCUGCCCAUCUUACCAAAAGAUCAAUAUAUUAUUCUGUAGUCUAAGGCUGUCCUCAUUAUCAACAACACUGCUGAUUUUUUUUAUGUCAUCUGCAAACUUACAAAUCAUACCUCCUUCAUUCUUAUUCAAAUAGUUAAUAUAUCUAACUAACAGUAAGGGUCCCAGCACCGAUCCCUGUGGUACACAGACUUCCAAUCACAAUAACAACUCUCUGUCUCCUAUUGCUGAGCCAAUUUUUGAUCCAGUUUGCCAACUUGCCCUGGAUCCCAUGGGCGCCAACCUUUUGAACCACUCUAUAUCUGCGACCUUGUCAAAGGCCUUACUGAAAUCCGUGCAUCAAUUGCACUCCCUUCAUCUAUACAAUUUAUUGUCUCUUUGAGAAAUGCAAAAAUGCAGUCUCUCCUUAACAAAACCAUGCUGAUUAUCUUUAAUUAAUCCCUGCCUUUCCAAGUGUAGGUUAGUCCUGUCCCUCAGAAUUUUUUUUCCAAUAACUUCCCUGCCACUGCGUUAGACCCACAAGUCUGUAAUUAUGUGGCUCAUCCGGGCUGCCCUUCUUGAAUAAGGCUGCCACACUUGCUAUCUUCAAGUCUUCUAGCACUUUAUCUGUGGCAGUGAAGCUUUAAAAGUUUCUGUCUGGACCCCUGAAAUCUUCUCCUUAGCCUCCCAUUACAGCCUGGGAUACAUCUCGUCAGGACCUAGGGGUUUAUCCACCUUUAAGGCCACUAGGACAUCAAAUACCUUCUGUUUUUUAAUAAUAUGUUUGAGAAAUCCCAAAUACUACAUCCACUGGCUCACCUUUAUCUACUCUAUCAUCCUCAAAGAGCUCUCAAAAAAAUUUGAUAAACAAAAUCUCCUCUUAAUAAAAUCAUGCUGACUCUUAUGUUCUGCUUUCCUGAGUGUCUUGUUAUUGCUUCCUGAAUAAUGGAUAACCAGGCACAACACACAAUCAUUUUGAAUGUAACUUCAGGCACUUUGCAAGAGAGAAAUUUGCUGCACUUGACCAUACCCCCAUGGUGUCCAAAGAGCAGCUUGAAAGCUAUAUCCCAUUCCUAACUGUGAUCCUCCAAAUCCAGCCAGUCUGGUAUUUCUUAUCCAUACUUCUCUAAUUUGGUGAGGUUGGGAAAAGCUCUAGAUGGAUUUGCAUUAUUAUUGAAUGACCCUGAGUCAGAACACCGAAACUCUCCACUAUCUGUGGUUUUGAGGUAGGUUUAAAUUGCUGAAUCUAAUUUUUCUGUGGGAUCCACAUUAAGCUUUGGACAACAUCUCUUCUUGCUGACCUCACCCACCCUACUGAAACUGUUUUUGCACUUUGCAGUUAAACACACAUUUAGUAAUUUUUUUUACCAUCCCUGUGUGAAACAGCUGUACUGUAUGUUCCCUGGUUUCCUCUCCAUUUUGUGGCAAAUGCUCAUGUUUCGUUGGUGGAGAAAUACCCAGCUACUGUUGAGUAUUUGGGGCUCUGAGCGCUAUUGUUAACCCAAGCCCAGAAUGAGGGCAAGGUGAGAUUGCACUACACGUCGAAGGUGAUGGUAAUUGAUUGAUUGUUCCUGAUGCAAUGAGAUAAGUGCGGAGCCAUGUGAAAGCUGGGUCAUUUUGCACCCAGAGGAGGCUUCAGUGGGAUGUAAUUUUGUAAUGUUUGUAAAUACUGUUGGAUGUCGUGUUUUUCACAUUAAAAGUUGAUUUGACCAUGG